CCCCCUGGGGGAGGCACAAACAUAGCUUGCUGGACUCGAGCUGCCCAACUACAGCAGCUGCCGAACUCUAGGACAGAACAGGGGCCUCUACUACAUCGACCACCAGCCCCACCAGAGCCAGACCCAACCACCAGCUCUGACUCAGCCUUCCCAGCACCAUGACCUUCUACGAAAUCUUGGACCGCGUGGGCAGCAUGGGCCCCUUCCAGUUCCUGUGCUUGACCUUACUAAGCCUCCCAAUCUUGGGCAUGGCCAACCACCACCUGCUGCAGAUCUUCACAGCCAUGACCCCAGUCCACUACUGUCGCCCACCCCCUAACGCUUCUGCAGGGCCAUGGGUGCUCCCCAUAGACCCAAAUGGGAAGCCUGAGAAGUGCCUCCGUUUUGUACAUCUGACCAAUACCAGCCUGCUCAAUGGCACCCAGGGAGCCACGGAGCCGUGCCUGGAUGGCUGGAUCUACAACAGCACCCAGGACUCCAUCGUGACAGAGUGGGACUUGGUGUGUGACUCCAGGAAACUGAAGCAGUUGGCCCAGUCUCUCUACAUGGCAGGCUUGCUGAUUGGAGGGCUGGUGCUGGGAUACCUAUCUGACAGGUUUGGCCGCAAGAUCAUCCUGACCUGUGGCUAUCUGAUGCUAGCAGCUGGCGGUUCAGGCGCUGCCUUCAGCCCCUCCUUCUCCAUCUACUUAGUCUGCCGUUUCCUGUCUGGCUUUGGCACAGCAGGCAUCAGCCUGAGCACCAUCAUUUUGAGUGUGGAGUGGGUUCCCACCCGGAUGCGGGCCAUCACAUCAUCAGUACUUGGCUACAGCUAUACCAUAGGCCAGUUCUUUCUGCCUGGCCUGGCCUACGCCAUCCCCCAGUGGCGCUGGCUACAGUUAACCGUGUCUGUUCCCUACUUCAUCUUUCUCCUGUUAUCCUGGUGGAUACCAGAGUCCAUACGCUGGUUGGUCCUGUCUGGAAAAUCCUCAAAGGCCCUGAAGAUACUCCAACAGGUGGCUGCAUUCAAUGGCAAGAAGGAGGAAGGACAAAAGCUCAGCUUGGAGGAGCUCAAACUCAGCCUGCAGAAGGACUUCUCCAAAGCCAAGGCCACGAACAGCACAGCUGAUCUGUUCCGGAUACCCAUCCUGCGUCAAGUGACUUUCUGUCUUUCCCUGGCCUGGUUUGCCACUGGUUUUGCUUACUACAGUUUGGCUAUGGGUGUAGAAGAAUUUGGAGUCAAUCUCUACCUCCUCCAGGUCAUCUUUGGUGCUGUCGACAUCCCCUCCAAGCUUGUCACUUUCCUCUCUAUAAACUACUUGGGCCGGCACAUCACUCAGACCACUGCAUUGUUCUUGGGAGGAGGGAUCAUCAUGGCUCUCAUCUUUGUUCCCUCAGACAUGCCGACCCUGAGGACAGCACUGGCUGUAUGUGGAAAGGGAUGCCUGUCCAGCUCCUUCAGCUGCCUCUUCCUCUACACAACUGAACUGUAUCCCACAGUCAUCCGGCAAAGAGGUAUGGGCAUAGGUAACGUGUGGGCCCGCAUUGGAAGCAUGAUAUCCCCACUGGUGAAAAUCACAUCUGAGGUGAAGCCCUUCCUGCCCAAUGCCAUCUAUGGGACUGUCACCCUCCUGGCAGCCAGUGCCGCCUUCUUCCUGCCUGAAACCCUCAAUAGACCCUUGCCAGAGACAGUGGAAGACAUGGAGAACUGGUACUCACGGACAAAGAAGCCAAAGCAGAAGCCUGAAGCAGAAAAUGCAUCCCAGAGGAUCCCUCUGCAACCUUGCAGACCAGGCCUGGACCCCAACUGAGGACAACAGAACCCCUUUUCCUGCCUUCCAGAAACUGGUGUCAGCCAGGACUCUGCCUGCCUCCGGUCUCCUCAAGUACCUUAUGGUUGUGAGGAGGCCCCGGAUGGGUCUUUGCUCCUCAUACAAAGCCCUCUGAGAGCUUGGUGAAAGCAUCUCCACGCCUACCACUCCCACUAGAGCCCAGCCCAGCCAAAGUCUUCCCACACCCAACCCUGCCCUCAUCCUUCCUGCAACUGAGGCUCUCCCAGUCUCUUAUCCAGCCCUUCCCCACUGGGGCAUCUUCCCCCACUGUCCUGGGCCCCUUUCCUGACAUCCUCUGAGGUCCCCUGGCUCAAUCCUAACAAAAACAACCUCCCUUUUUUUACCUCCACACUUUCUUGGAUAAAUGGUUUUAAUAAACAGUGAUAAGAACUCAA